AUGUCGGACACGCCAAGUUCCCCCGCACCGAACGUACCAUCGGAUAUGGAUAGGCGAAAUUUUCGCUCUGGGAUGACUUCCCCGGUCGGUGAUUUCGAGCCGUUUGAAGAUGAGGCAGAAAUCCUCGGUGAUACAACUGUUCGCGAGGAUAACUAUGACGAGGAGGAAGACGAUGGGGAGGAACUUUUUGGCGACAACAUGGAAGCGGAUUAUCGCCCAGCGCCGCAUCUCGAUCGGUACGACAUGGAUGAGCUGGACACGGAGGAUUACAGCGACAUCUCGCAGACCGACCGUGCCGCGGCCGAAGCAGAGAUGCGACGGCGAGAUCGCGAGACCGGCGUGCACCGGGAUCGUCGCGAUUUGUUUUACGACAAAAGCGAUGAUGACGACAUUCCUAUGGCCAAGCGGCGAGCUGCGGAGAAGGCGGCAGAAAUGGGCGUCGAAACGGAAACCGAUGCUGACAUGGUGGAAUCGAUCGAAAAUCUUGAAGAUACGAAAGGACACAGCAUCAAGGAAUGGGUUGUCAUGCUGGCUCCGCGGACCGAAAUCACAAACCGAUUCAACAGCUUCUUGCGCACUUUUGUCAACGAAAAUGGCCAGUACGUUUACCGGGAUCGUAUACGGCGCAUGUGCGAACAGAAUAAUUCCAGUUUCGUGGUAUCCUACACCGAUUUGGCGCACAAUCAGCACGUGCUGGCGUAUUUUUUGCCAGAGGCGCCCUUCCAGAUGCUCGAGAUAAUGGACAAAGUCGCCAAGGAGAUGGUACUGAGCAUUUAUCCUACGUACGAGCGUGUUACGAAUGAGAUUCAUGUGCGCAUAUCCGAUCUUCCACUGGUAGAAGAACUGCGCACGUUCCGAAAGCUUCACUUGAACCAACUCGUACGGACGUUGGGGGUUGUCACCGCUACGACUGGUGUCCUGCCACAGUUGUCUGUCAUUAAGUAUGAUUGUGUAAAAUGUGGCUAUGUUUUGGGACCAUUCGUGCAGAGCCAGAAUACGGAGGUGAAGCCCGGAUCUUGCCCGGAGUGUCAGAGCGUCGGCCCGUUUUCCAUCAACAUGGAGCAAACCCUGUACCGGAACUAUCAGAAGAUCACGCUGCAGGAAUCUCCAGGGCGAAUUCCUGCGGGGCGUAUCCCUCGCAGCAAGGACUGCGUUCUGCUUGCCGAUUUAUGCGACCAGUGCAAACCGGGCGAUGAAAUUGAAGUGACCGGAAUCUACACGAACAACUACGACGGGUCGUUGAACACGGAGCAGGGCUUUCCGGUGUUUGCUACCGUGCUGAUCGCUAACCAUCUGGUGGUGAAGGAUAGCAAACAGGUAGUGGCUUCGCUUACGGACGAGGACAUUUCGACAAUCCAACGAUUGAGCAAAGAUCCACGCAUUAGCGAGCGGAUCAUUCAAAGUAUGGCCCCAUCAAUUUACGGUCACGAGUACAUCAAGCGGGGGCUUGCAUUGUGCCUGUUCGGUGGUGAAUCGAAGAACCCUGGAGACAAACACAAAAUUCGCGGUGACAUCAACAUCCUUCUCUGCGGUGAUCCGGGCACUGCCAAGUCCCAGUUCCUAAAAUACACGGAAAAGAUUGCCCCAAGGGCCGUGUUCACCACGGGCCAAGGUGCCUCGGCCGUCGGUUUGACGGCGUACGUGCGGCGAAACCCAACAACACGCGAAUGGACCCUGGAGGCUGGUGCCCUCGUGUUGGCUGAUUUGGGCGUUUGUCUGAUCGAUGAGUUUGAUAAGAUGAACGAUCAAGAUCGUACGUCGAUUCACGAGGCGAUGGAGCAACAGUCGAUCUCGAUCUCGAAAGCAGGCAUCGUGACGUCGUUGCAGGCUCGCUGUGCGGUUAUUGCCGCAGCGAAUCCAAUUGGCGGAAGAUAUGAUCCCAGCAUGACGUUUUCGGAGAAUGUGAACCUCUCGGAACCCAUCCUGUCGCGUUUCGAUGUUCUGUGCGUUGUGAAAGACGAGUUCGAUCCAAUGCAGGAUAAGCAUUUGGCUGAGUUUGUCGUUGCGUCGCACAUCAAGAAUCAUCCAUCGAAUGUUGUUGAGGAGGUGCCGGAAUCGCAACCGCAGGACACGAUGCAAAUUCCGCAAGAUCUCUUGAAGAAGUACAUCGUUUACGCGAAGGAAAACGUCCAUCCAAAACUAUCAAACAUGGACCAGGAUAAGAUUGCCAACAUGUAUGCACAGCUGCGGCAAGAAUCGCUUUCCACCGGUUCGCUUCCGAUCACGGUGCGGCACAUUGAAAGCGUCAUCCGCAUGUCCGAGGCGCACGCUCGGAUGCACUUGCGGGACACUGUACAAGAUGUUGACGUAAACUUGGCCAUCCGUAUGAUGUUGGAAAGCUUCAUCGAAGCCCAGAAGUUCAGCGUGAUGAAAAAGAUGCGCACUACCUUCCAGAAGUAUCUGUCCUUCCAGCGUGACCAUUCGGAGUUACUGUUCUUUAUCCUCCGACAGCUUACGCUCGAUCAGCUGGCAUAUCAAAGGUGCAAGGAGGGUGGUCGUCGCGGCAAGGAAAGCGAUCGCCCGCGUACAACCGUGGUGGAGGUAAUGGAGAAGGAUUUGUCGGAACGUGCCAAGGCGAUCGAAAUCUUCAACCUGAAGCCCUUCCUGGAUAGUGAUAUUUUCCUACAAAACGGGUUCACCUACGACGCCAAACGAAAGGUUAUUGUGCAAGUGGUGCCCGAAGCCGCAGAACCGUAG